AGAAUUACAAUACGACACUGAAGAUUUUCUUUUUGAAGGUGUUCAGAACCCUGUGGAAGUUCUGUGCAGGCUUCAGACUCAAAGCCUUUGUCUUCACUGCUAGGGAAAGCUCAGUGACUGUUAUAUGGUGGGUGUGUUUCCUUGCCAAUCUGAUUAUGAGUGCCCAGACUUUUCCAGCAGAGAAGGGCCUGAAUCCAGGGCUGAUGUGCCAGGAAAGUUAUGCCUGCAGUGGGACUGAUGAAGCUGUCUUUGAGUGUGAUGAGUGCUGCAGCCUGCAGUGCCUUCGCUGCGAGGAGGAGCUCCAUCGGCAGGAGCGCCUGCGAAACCAUGAACGGAUAAGACUCAAACCUGGCCAUGUCCCUUACUGUGAUCCUUGCAAGGGCCCCAAUGGGCAUUUGCUGGGUGUUAGGCAGAGGGCAGCCGUGAGGUGCCAGACCUGCAAAAUCAACUUGUGCCUGGAAUGCCAGAAGAGGACUCAUUCUGGGGGUAACAAAAGGAGACACCCUGUUACUGUCUACCAUGUCAGUAAGGUCCAGGAGUUGCUGGAGGCAGAAGAGAUGGAUGAGGAGACCAAGAGGAAGAAGAUGACUGAGAAGGUUGUGAGUUUCCUUCUAGUAGAUGAAAAUGAAGAAAUUCAGGUAACAAAUGAAGAGGACUUUAUUAGGAAAUUGGAUUGCAAACCUGAUCAGCAUCUGAAAGUGGUUUCCAUUUUUGGAAAUACAGGCGAUGGAAAGUCUCAUACCCUUAACCACACUUUCUUUUAUGGCCGUGAAGUCUUUAAAACCUCCCCUGCCCAGGAGUCGUGCACCGUGGGAGUGUGGGCAGCCUAUGACCCAGUCCACAAGGUAGCAGUGAUAGACACGGAAGGGCUCUUGGGGGCUACGGUGAAUCUAAGCCAGAGAACACGGCUGCUACUUAAGGUCUUGGCCAUCUCAGACCUCGUCAUCUAUCGAACUCAUGCAGACCGGCUGCAUAAUGACCUCUUCAAAUUCCUUGGGGAUGCCUCAGAAGCUUAUCUGAAGCACUUCACCAAGGAGCUCAAGGCUACCACUGCCCGCUGUGGCCUGGAUGUCCCCUUAUCCACUCUGGGCCCUGCAGUUAUCAUUUUCCAUGAGACUGUGCACACUCAACUACUGGGCUCUGAACCUGAAUUUGAAUGUCCGUGGGCAUUGAGCGACCGCUUCAGUGGUGAGAUCCCUGAUGACCAGAUGGCGCACAGCUCCUUUUUUCCAGAUGAGUACUUCACCUGCUCCUCCUUGUGCCUCAGCUGUGGGGUUGGAUGUAAGAACAGCAUGAAUCAUGGGAAGGAAGGAGUGCCUCAUGAAGCCAAGAGCCGCUGCAGAUACUCCCACCAGUAUGACAACCGAGUGUACACCUGCAAGGCCUGCUAUGAGAGGGGCAAGGAAGUCAGCGUAGUGCCCAAAACGUCUGCUUCCACCGACUCUCCCUGGAUGGGUCUCGCAAAGUAUGCCUGGUCUGGGUAUGUGAUCGAAUGUCCUAACUGUGGCGUGAUCUAUCGUAGCCGGCAGUACUGGUUUGGGAACCAAGAUCCUGUGGAUACAGUGGUGCGGACAGAGAUUGUGCACGUGUGGCCUGGAACUGAUGGAUUCCUGAAGGACAACAGCAAUGCCGCCCAGCGCUUGUUGGACGGGAUGAACUUCAUGGCUCAGUCGGUGUCCGAGCUUAGUCUGGGGCCCACCAAGGCUGUGACUUCCUGGCUGACAGACCAGAUCGCCCCUGCCUACUGGAGGCCCAACUCCCAGAUCCUGAGCUGCAACAAGUGUGCGACAUCCUUCAAAGAUAAUGACACUAAGCAUCACUGCCGGGCCUGUGGGGAGGGCUUCUGCGACAGCUGUUCAUCCAAGACCCGGCCAGUGCCCGAGCGGGGCUGGGGCCCUGCACCUGUGCGGGUGUGUGACAACUGCUACGAUGCCAGGAAUGUCCAGUUAGAUGUUAUUGAAGCUCAGGCGGACGAUGAAGGUGGAACACUGAUUGCUCGGAAGGUGGGCGAGGCUGUGCAGAACACCUUGGGAGCUGUGGUGACAGCUAUUGACAUACCACUAGGUCUGGUCAAGGAUGCAGCCAGGCCGGCCUACUGGGUGCCUGACCACGAGAUCCUGCACUGCCACAACUGCCGGAAGGAGUUCAGCGUCAAGCUCUCCAAGCACCACUGCAGGGCCUGUGGACAGGGCUUCUGUGAUGAGUGCUCCCACGACCGGCGGGCUGUCCCCUCUCGUGGCUGGGACCAUCCUGUCCGAGUCUGCUUCAACUGCAAUAAAAAGCCCGGUGACCUUUAACCCCAGCUCCCUCUCCAAGUCCCUCACAAUUCCUUAGGUUCUCAGGGUUAGAAGCCGAAGUCUUGUUGAGGUAGGCCCUCCUCCCGGUCACCUGUUGCGGUGUUUGUCCUCUCCUCUCCUCAUCCUGGGGCCACUUUCCCUCAGUGGGGGCCGCGCCUAGUGGCAGGCCUGAAGGCAAGAACCCCUUAGGGCAGGGGACCGAGCAGCUCAUGGUAAAGGGGAAUGAACCUGAAUCCGUUGCAUUUAUUUCAUUUAAAAAUAAUAAAUAUAUAUAUGUGUGUGUGU